AUGCCCCAAAUAGGACAUACACCAGACACUUUCAACUUCCAUAGUUCGAACUUCGUGAACGUGCCAUUUUACAGCGUCGAGUUGUCGGGAGAUAUUCUCCAACAGGCUGUCCCGGUCGGGAUGUUCAUGAUUCAACCGGAGCUUGUCGUCCGCAAGACAUUCCUCGAGCCCGUGGCAGACAUCCGACAAGUCGAACAAGAAUACAAAUAUGAAGGGACGUGGGUAGCUGCCAACCUGCACAUCUCGCUACCGACACCUGAGACACAUCCCGACUUCCCUGCGUGGAAAGUAGGCAUGACGCCCGAAGAAGUAUACGAUCUGUUCUGGCCUGCUGGUUGGCACUUCUGCAGCCCCCCGGGUAAGCCCACCGCUACUGGUCGAUUUGGUCCGGUUGAGCGACGUUUCUGGCGGCAUGAAUUCAGGCAGGAGGAUUGGAAUGAGAAGACGAUGGAUGCGGAUGAGUUGUUGUGGGAGCAUCUUACACCCAUGAUCACGAGGAGUCAAGAUUCGCAAGGAAGGCGUUUUGGUCAGGCUGUCACAUUUCCGAGGGAUUGCAUUGAAACUUUACGGUGCAGGCCGUUUACUUUUGCGCACAAAGUUGUCAAUAAGUGGCAUCAUAAGAAGAGCGUCCUGAUUGGGGAUGCUGCUCAUGUGUUCCCACCCUUCGGCGGCCAAGGCAUCGCCAGCGGCAUCCGCGACGCUCAUCAACUAGCCUGGAGAAUCGCCGCUCUCGAAAAACAACCACAACAUUCGGACAUUCUCUGUCAAACAAUGCUCGACGCCUGGGCAGCAGAACGAACUAAAGGCAUCCAGGACGCCGCGACCUUCACCAAAAUGAACGGCAUGCUGUGCAACAACCGCAAGCCCCUAAUCUUCCCCGUACUCCAAGCUAUGGAGUGGUUUACACAGAAUUUCCUUGGCACGCACAGUUUCAACGAUGCACAGGCAAAAGCGGAGCAGAGGGGAUUCCAGGGAGUAAAAGGCGGUUUCUUUCUCAACGACCAUGAGGGCGGAUGCAAACUACCACAGAUAUACGUCGACAGCCUGUCCUCGAGAAAAGCCCUUUCAGACACGAUCUUCGAAGCGAACGACUCACCUUUACGCCUCCUAUCCCUCCAGCAAGGCACCAAAGCCCCCUCUACCUCCAUCAACGAACUCAAGACCCUCCUCUCCGACGCCUCCAUCCCCGAAUAUCUCCUCUCCCCAACUUCCAUCAUCGCAAUGAGCACAAGCCCCUGUCCACCCGAAAGCAUCGGCUCCUUCGCCGCCCCUGAAAUCAGAAAAAUCAGCCCAACACCUUUGAACGAUCUCACGCACGGCCAAGCACGAAGAAGCUACGAUGUGGCUGCUUUCCAGCAACGUUUGGGCAAGGACACACGGUAUGCGAUUGUGAGGCCAGACUUUUAUGUUUUUGCUACAGCGAGGAAUUUGGGGGAGUUGAGGGUUUGUUUGGAGGGAUUGAGGAAGAUGGUUGAGGGGACGGGAAAGGUUAGGAGUUCGUUGUAG